AUUCCCGAAACAACUGCAUUUGUUAUCUCUCUUCUAUCUUUCUUUCUCUCUCCCGCCGGCGGCCGGCUAAAUCUUCUGAAUCUCCAUAUCAAAAAUCCAAACUUUGUUACAAAGGAAGAACAAUCGAUCAUCAAGAAUCAGAAUCAUGAGUUACUACAAUCAAUCGCAACCACCCGUCGGUGUUCCUCCUCCACAGGGUUAUCCCCCUGAAGGCUACUCAAAAGAUGCUUACCCACCUCAAGGAUAUCCUCCACAAGGAUACCCACCUCAAGGGUACCCUCAAGGUGGGUAUCCUCCUCAAGGAGGUUACCCUCCUCAGUAUGCUCCACAGUAUGGUGCUCCUCCUCCUCAACAACAACAGAACAGCAAGGCCGGUUGUCUUGAAGGCUGUUUGGCUGCAUUGUGCUGUUGUUGCCUGUUGGAUGCUAUGUUCUAAUCACCAAUAUCUGCUGUCAAAACUUUAAAUAAAUAAUUGGAUUGGAUGAUAUGAUUAUUGAUAUAUGUUUUUAUGUUUUUCUGUGAGAGAUUUGGUUGAUAUUUGGAAAUACAUUGAACAAUGCUUUUAU